UAAUUCUUUAAUUUCAAUUUAUGAGCGAAGACAGAAUUUAUUUUGAUGCCCAGCGGCAGAAUAAAUUGCGUACAAAUAUCAUCAACGAAAACCAAUGCGAAACAAAAUUAGAUAUCAAUAGUGAGGGUAUCGGUCAAUUUAACCAUCGAAAUGACUGAUAUUGCAUCGAAAACACAACCGAACGAAAGCAAGAGCCGUGAAAACGAAAAAUGCCCAGUGACAUCAAUACCAGAAGGACACAGUCGAGAAGUUCAGGACGAGGAGGACCAAUUGGUCACUGGUAGGACAAUUGAUCCUAUCUUGGGAGAUCGUUGUACCCCUCUUGACCUCAGUCGCGUUGCAAUCAUGGAAGACGACUUUGCUACUAAUGAAGUCAUGACUCGUCAAGAGAAAGGAUUUAAAGAAUUUCCGUCAAAACUGCAGCACAAUAAAACUGAUGAGAAAUCUUCAACUGGGAGCAACACCAAGAAAUUCGACGAGAUGACAUCUCAACCAGAUGAGAAAUUACUUGCCGGGAAAGAUGCGCAAAAGUUUAACAUGUUUAUGCAUGAAAAUGAAAAAAUAUUCUUUUCUGCAAAAGAUUCGCUAAAACCCGACAAGUUCAUACAACAAACAGAUGAAAAAUCGUUCGCUGGGGAGGAUUUGAGCGACCGCAGAGAGGCUAAGCCACUUGAGGAAUCUAAACUCAAGGAAAUCGGCACUCGAGGGAAUUACGCAAAAUCGGUAGAAGGGGUGAGGCUGUUUCCAGGACUCAUCAUCACCCCAGGACAGGGGAGAGAAUCACCUGACAUCCUCGAGGAUUCGGACAUGAAUAAUCGUAUCAUUACCCCAGCCAUAAACCCUUGUUUGGUGGAUAAUGAAGGCCCUAUGAUAACCGGUGGCGAUCCAAAAACUCCCGAAUCUCAGUGGAAAUCACCGCCAUCUUCCUUGAGAUCGCCAAGCCACAGCUAUUCAAGAAGCCGGUCAGCUUCCCCUCCUAAUCACUUCCCGCGGCUGAACUUUGGUGGAAGUUUAAGUGUGGCGGGUGGUGGAAAUGUGUGGUGGGGAGCACCUGAAUCCACCAUGAUCCCUCACUCUGGGGGAAUGCAUCCUUCUGGGGGAUUGCCGACCCUGUCGUCACCUGACCUUCUCAGGACUCUGCCAGACUUACAUUCCUUUCCUGGACUCCCUGCUUUUUUGGCGCGAAGGCGACGGCGCGACGCCCGGCAGCGGCGGCAGCGCACAACCUUCACGUCGGAGCAAACGUUGCGGCUCGAGAUGGAGUAUCACCGCAACGAGUACAUCUCGCGGUGCGUGUCUCUGCUGUGCAUGAGUCAGAGAUGGAGUAUCACCGCAACGAGUACAUCUUGCGGUGCGUGUCUCUGCUGUGCAUGA